AUGCACACCACGGGCUUUGUCGGACAUCAGCCCGUCGCCAUCUCAACAUUCCUUCACCAAGAUUACCCGAAGGGAACCAUUAAGCACAGCCCUGCAUCAGAUGUCGACUUCUUGGAGGUUCGUCAUCAGAGCCAAAUGUCCGACAUGUCUUCGCAGCUAGCAGACAAGGAAGCUCGCUAUCAGAGCGAGAUCGCUCGGUUGGAAACCCGUAGUACUGAGUUGUGGGACAGAUUGAAGAAUACAGAGCGUCACUGUCAAGACCGUACUGCUAAUUUGAAGAGUCAGAAGGCAAGAGCGACAGACGAGUGGGCUCGAAAGGAAGCACAAUACCGAGACACAAUUUCAGCGUUGGAAGCUGAUAAGGCCAAAAUGGCAACGGAAUCGAGAGAAAGAGAUUCUCGAAAGCAAGCUGCGAUCUCAAGCUUGGAGGCUCAGAACUGCAAGCUUGCAAGUAAAGCCGCCGCCCUUCAAAUGCAGUUGGAUGCAGCAUGUGCGGAUUUCGCAAAAGAGCUCGCCGAAGCCCGAUCGAAGAACUCCUUCAAGCAGGUGAAAGCUACCGACACGGAGAUUCAGGGGUCGUGGAGGGAUCUCUCAUUUUCGGUCCGCCAAUUCGUUAAGGAACACUGCCCGCCCUCCUUCUCUCCACCGAUGUUGCAGGAACGUCGUGUGGUCGAUCGGGUUCCCGAACUCAAGCAUUUCUGUCUUGACCCAACUUUGGUAUUGCAAUCCCCGCUAUUCUCACAGUCUUUGCUAGAAAUGUGCAUAUGGGGGUAUCUGUACAAAGCUGUGUUUGUACCACAUGCGGAUUAUUGGGCAGGAAAAGUGGGGAGGAGCUUCAUGUCCACAUGUGUCCGUCUCCAAGACCUUAUCACCCGCAAUUCCAACAGCCGGACCUCCGGUUCGCUCCUUCCCGCAUUUCAUCAAUGGAGGUCUGACUCAAUGCACCAACUUAAGAAGCUUGGAGCCAUGAAGCCCCCAUCGAGCGAAUCUAUGGCAGUCAACAUGCUUGAUUAUAUCGCUCCCAUUUUGAACCAAACUUCAACGGGUGUCCUAACUUCGGCCACGGCCAUGGAUGCAGUCGAAAUCAUGCUCGCGGCUGUCAGCAUGGACAAAAUCUUUCGGAUGUCUAGGGCUCACUACACGGUCAUGAUCUCCAAGGGGUUCCCGCCGUUUCACCCGCCCCUUUUUGGGUUUCCGUUCGAUUCGGCCGGUAUGGAGCAAAAGCCCGAGUUUGUGGGUUUUGGAGACCGGAACGGAAGUCACCCCUCUGUCGUUGACCUUGUUGUCUCCCCGGCCAUCGUCAAAGCCGGCAACACCGAUGGUGAAAAUUACCAGUCAAAGCAGUUCCUCGUGAAACUUGGGGUUGUUUGCAGCAUCCAGCAAUUUUUCGUCGACGCUAAGAAGACCCAGGCCAAGACGGCCUCUUCAACUCGCCAAGAUGUAGCGUCGUCUUCUAGUCGUACUGUUCGCACCAGGGCUAUGGCUUCGGCGGAGCGGGAGCAUCCCUCGGGCAAAGAGGAUAGAUCAGAUGUCGACAUGCUUGACUAUCCUGACAACGAUAGCAAGUAA